ACUGCAGACAUAGUACAGGAGAUGACCAGAGACUGCAGGCAUAGUACAGGAGAUGACCAGAGACUGCGGACAUAGUAUAGGAGAUGACCAGAGACUGCGGACAUACUACAGGAGAUGGCCAGAGACUGCGGACACAGUACAGGAGAUGACCAGAGACUGCGGACGCAGUACAGGAGAUGACCAGAGACUGCGGACAUACUACAGGAGAUGACCAGAGACUGCGGACACAGUACAGGAGAUGACCAGAGACUGCAGACACAGUACAGGAGAUGACCAGAGACUGCAGACACAGUACAGGAGAUGACCAGAGACUGCGGACACAGUACAGGAGAUGACCAGAGACUGCGGACA